AUGGACCCCGUUGCAACACCUCCCAGGAUAUCCAGAGUCGACUCGCGCUACCGUCACCGCGCGCAAAACGUCCCGCCCCAGAGCGAACCUGUGCCGCAGUCUGAAGAGAAAGAGGAGGAAUCAAGCCAGGAGGACUUUAUCCCUGAACUGAGAGCCCGAGACAGCAUGAGCAGAGGCCAUCGCUUCUUUCACCGUCGUGCUGCGCUAGGCAACACGAAGGUAGUCACUGUCGCCGUCGAAGUAGUCGGGACCGUCGAUACCAGCGGAAGUUUCAUCGCCCAAGAGACUAUGGCGCCCGUCACACCUCAGUCCCCAGAUGCACCUGCACUACCGACUGCUGCAGCAGUCGCAGCGCCUUCACCCGCACCAGCGCCCUCGGUAGCUCCCGCGGCGCAGCAACCACUGCCCUCCGCUCCCUCACCCGGUGUUCCAGCAGUACCAGCGGUACCUACAGUUGCGGCUCCUGUGCUUCCAUCCGUCCCAGCAGUCCCACCUUUUCCAAACGCUCCGACUCGCUCGACAUCUUCAUCGGCAUCGCAAUUCACAUCCUCGUCCGACGCAGCGUCAUCUUCUCAAACUUCAGCAGAAUCUGCUUUCACGAGCGGUGCCGUCAUCUCCUCGGAUGCUGCGUCAACAACAGCAUACUAUGGUGGUGCCGGUGGGGACGCGUCUGGAACGGCGGCUGCCCCUGCUGCCACCACAGCAGGCAUCUCAGAUGCUGAUGCCGACACCGCUCCUUCUCCACUUGAAACCCCACAGGUCGUCGGAAGUGUAGUGGGCAGUCUGGCAGGCGCUGCGCUCAUUCUCGCUAUAAUACUGCUGCUGCUUAGACGUCACAAGCGGAAGCAGGGCGGUGCUUUACAACUCACUGGCGACGAUCACACCGAUAACAACCAGUCGAUGAGGCAAGCACCCACCACAGCUACUACUUUGGCUCCUAUCGCCUUCCUGAACCGUUUCUCUGGUUUGUCAGGCAAGACUGCGGAAACCAAUCUCAGUGGUGGUGAACGCAGCUUUCAACGGGUGUCAGGGCGCAAGCUUCCUUCCGCCUUCAGCGAGGGCAUGACAUCAGAUCAGUUCUCUCGUGGCGGCACAAUGUCUGGAUCUUCUUUCUACCAAGAUGAACACGGCACAUAUGGCGGUCCCGGCAUGUCAAAAGAGUUUGGCAAGGAGAUCGGUGACAGCCCAGCGAACCGAGAGUCAGGACCCAUGAACAUUCGACCCAGCCCAGCCAGGACACCAGUCAUACGGCAUCCUGAUGAAGGCAAUCCCUUCUCGGACCGCCACUAUCUCAGUCCGCCACAAUCUCCAAAUCCCGAUGCCCCACCAAGAGGCACUCUUGGUAGAAGUCUGCCUUCGGCGGAUGGAUCCAGGUCAUCUCGGUUUACAGAGAACGUUUGA